CUUUGUGCAGAAACGACGCGGAGAUGUUAGGGCGGACAAGACAGCGGAGUAAUGGAGAGUGUGGACACAAUAAGUGACUGUUGUGUUACCCCGGAGUUCAACACCAAUCAGUGUAUCUUCUACCCAGUGAAGGAGGAGGAGAGGGAGGUUCUACUGGGAGACAAUCAGAUCAGCAGAGGGAGUUUAACGCCAGAGGGAUCCCGUGCUGCCCAUCAGACAGAGCCUCAAACUGCAGAUAGUACUUUAAUUGAGGGGAGCCAUUCGACUCAAGACUACCAGGAAAUAGGAGUGAAAGGACUCCUGUCAGAACCAGGGGUCAGUGACUUUGCAGAUGGACAAGCUGAGGCAGAUGCUGAGUGGCCUCAUCUACCAGACCUCCGGGACUUUCUCCUCCGGAGUUCUGAUGAAGAGGACUUGGAAAGUUUUGAACUGUCUGAUCCUCAGUUUGAAUCAGAGACAGAAGUAAUGGCCUAUUUCUACAAGAACCAAACCAACGGUGCACGACAGCCAGAUCACACAUCACAAAAUUUGAUGACUUCAACGAGACAGCUCCAAGCACCAAGAGAUGCAAACAGGACCAGAGAGCCCAUUGAUUAUUUCUCCAAAUAUUUUGGUUGGGAUACCUGGGUAGAAAUUGCCAGUUGCACAAAUAAACUAUCCAGCAUGUCUAACCCAGUCAUAGCCAGAGAGGUCGCACAGUUUGUUGGGAUCCACAUUGCAAUGGGAACUUUGAAGUUUCCCAGUCCAAGGCUCUACUGGGAGGACUUGACUAAGGUGCCCUUAAUUGCUGAAGCCAUGCCACUUUCACGUUUCCUCCAGCUGUCUUGCAUGUUGAAGCUAGCUUCUCCAGCAAAAGAUCCAGUCACCAUUAAUGUUGGGGAAGGACAACAUGAUGGUGACUUUGGAAAUGGGCAGAAAGGUAAAACUCUGCCAAGCAGACGAUGUGUAAACUCUCAGCAUAGUGAUGGACAAUGCCAAGGUGACAAGCCAAAUGAUUUGAACAGCUCAAAAACACAGACUGAUCCCCUGUGGAAGGUUCAGCCAUUACUCUGCCGUUUCAAAGCAGGAUGCCAGUCACUGACAAGAGAGGGUGAUUAUGCGGUCGACCAAUAUCCACUUCCUUUGACUGGGAAGAUGCACAACAACAAACUGUCUCUCCACUGCACUACUUUAAUUGGAUUUGGUGGUUUACUCUUACAUGUGGAUCUUAAACCGGAUCUCUCAGACAAAGAAAAUGCUGUAGAAAAAAUGGCCCCAAGAGGUAGUAUGCUGUUUCUUUGCAAGCAGGAACUCUCCACCCCUGCAAUGCUAGAACGCCUACUAGUUGCUGGGGUUCAUGGUGCAGGCAGGGUGGGGGGAGCACGAGGACAGAUUGGGGAUGAGUUUGUGAGCUCAGACGGGAAGUUGAUGUUACGCCGAUCACACUGUGGCUUCAUACUUUCUACUGCAGGAAAUUGCCAGAGGGACAUGGCUUCUCUCACUGACAACUUUGAGAAGGCCCAAAUGUCGGCUCGUCUCAGCAGAGAUUUGCGAAAUCUUUACCCUAUUCCCCUCACUGCCUCGGCCCCAACCUGCUGGCCUCAAGCGGUGCUCUGGUACCUUAUAGAUCUGGCUUUGGUUAACUCCUGGCUCCUGUACCGACAGGAUCACAGGGCAGCUCCUGCACCUUUGACUCUCAUGGCCUUCAGACUGGAGGUGUCCAAGGCUUUGAUCCUCUCCAGUGGCUCUGAUACUCAGGACUCAGUUCCCCCUCAACCCCCCACAGAGAAAGCCCACACAACAAAUGAAACCCCCAAUCCCAGCCUGGUGGAGGAAAGUCCUCUGCCUGAUGCAGCCACACGGUAUGAUGGUUCAGGCCACUGGCCAGAGCAACUCGCAGAGGGAGAAGGAGGCAGGUGUCGUUUUGGGGACUGUCAGAGAACAUCUCGAGUGCUAUGCCUUAAGUGCUGUGUCUUUCUUUGUAUCUCACGCAACCACAACUGUUUUUUGAAUUUCCAUAACCAAGGGAGUUUGGGAAAAGAGUAGUCUUUACCCUUUAUUUUUAACAUCUUACUUUCUGAUAUAGAAUGUAACUGUGCUUUUGGUGUAUGUAAACCCAGCUAAUCAAAAACAAUGGUAUUAUCUCCUCUGUCCUUACAACUUUUCCAUGAUGCCUUUCACUGGCACUGUCGUUCUUUUGUAUGAUUAUUGUGCUGCAUUUUAAAAAACAAAUGCUUUGUGAUGUGGCUUAUUAUGUCAUUGAGCAAGUGUAAAAAUGAAUUUGCCUUCAGAAGGAAAUGUAAAAAAAAUAAAAUACUCCUAGCCAUACGCUUUGUUCUGCAAAAGAAGUGUAAAAUAUGAUGUUGAAAUUGCAGCUGCCAUGAUAUUUUUUACUAUUUAUUUUAACCUGACCUAUAUGACAUUCCAUGAUGAGCUUGUUUUUGGCUCGAAUGUUACACAUUAUUUAUUUGAAUUUCAGAAAACAAUAAA